AUUACUACCACCAUUAUUAUUAUCAUCACCAUCAUCAUAUUAUCAUCAUCAUCAUUAUCAUUGUCAUCAUCCUUAUCAUCACAAUCAUUAUCAUAUUACUUCAGGGCUACUGCAGUACAACUUCACGUCUGGAUGUAACACUCACGGUCCAUAACUACUGCAACUCGACAGAAAAUUGUACAACCAGCUGAUGCAAGUGAGUUCUAUCCUGACUGUAAGAGGGUCAAGACUCCAAAGAAGAGAUUGAGCAACUCCGGCCGGGAAGAUGAGGGCGUGGUUGUUUGCGCUGGUGAAUUUAUGGGCGUGGCAGGGGGCGUGCACAUCCCCAAGCGCCCUGACAGUAGGAUCGGAAUCUCCUUGGUGCCGCUUAGAAGGACCUGAGCUCGUCUGUGACUUCACAAGUACGCGUGAGAUGGUGCUGAUGACCGAGCGCCUCGACGCCCCCGUGCGGAAGGUCUCCGUGCUCGGCGCCGGCCAGCUGCACCUCAGCGAGUCCCUCUGCGCCGACGUCGUGUCGCUCGACCGCAUCGCCGAAGUGGUGGUCGUCCGCGGCGAGUCCGACCCCUGUCAGCAGAGCGAAGUCCAGCUGACAGUCCGGAAUUCCCUCCUUGACAGGCUGCCGAACCGCGUGACUCGCCUCCACCUCGAAAACAGCAAGAUCGGCUCGCUCUCGUCCGCCACCGCCGCCGUCGCGAACAUCACCGCCACCAACUGCCACAUCGACGUCCUCGACAUCUCCCGCCCGCUCCGGGGGGAGGGGGCGUCCGCGACCUUCCAAGACUCGACCGUCAGGAAGAUCGAGAGGCUCGAGAUGGCCGGCCAAUCCCGCCUCCGAAUGCACAGGACGUCGGUGACCAUCGUGGCCUCGAAGGGACUCGUCCUGCGAGAAGGAGCUCACAUGGCCCUGGUUGAGUCAACGGUCUGGCCUCUAGCCGACGACAGCGUCUUGCUAGGGGGCGGGGCGUCGAUAAGCCUCGAGAACUACCCGGGGAAAUUUAGCGUCAAGUCAGUGACGGAGGCGAAGCCAUCCCUUACGGAAUCGAACGCGGCCCCGGUCGAGCAAGUGGCCGAGAACAAUUUUUUUGUCGGCUUCGUCGUUUGUCUUGUUUUCGUCGUCUUGCUCUCGACGGUCUUACUGAUCACUUGUAUCAUAUUGAAGAAGGAAAGAGCGAAGACAAGAACCAGUUUGACAAUCAAUGACAUAAGCAGGAGUGAUAAGACAAAACACAACCGGUCCUCUUUCUCCGACGCAAAGCGGUCCAACUCAGACGCUCAAACGAACGUCGAAAUUCAGCCGAUGUUACAGAAGAUGAACAACGUGUCAGAGAAAGUCAGCAGUGAUAAGCAAAAUUACCUCAAAGAAAUGACACGCAUCGAGGAAAACAUUGGCAAAAUUCACGAACAAAUGUCAAGUGACGUCACCAGUUUGAAAACGUCAAGAGCUGAAAGAAUCAUCGAAAUUCACAGCAAGUAUGCAACGCUGAGACAGAUCCACACUCAGAGGACAGAUCAGAAUUCUCCCUCGUCCGAUGAAGAAUUCGAAAGGGAAGAACAAGAAAAGAAAUUAAAAGCGGAAACGGGUCCCGAAGUCAAAGAUGAUGUCAUACAGCUGUUAUCGGCGACUGAGAAAGCCAAACUGAGCUUAUUAGAGAGCGAAUAUGAGAGCAAAAUUCUCGAAAUAAGGAUUUCUUCUUGGAGGAGCGAACUCGAGGAGAUUCAGGCUCUCAUCCAGAGAAGAGAAACAUUCAUAAACUGCAUGAAGGAAAACAGAGACAAUGCACUGUUGCAAGUCUUCAAGCCGUACGGGAAUAAUCUGAACGAAAUCAAGAAAAUCAGAACAGCUAAAGACUUCUUGACAAGGAUGGUGACGGAGACAGACGAACAGUUUAAGGAAAAUCUCCAAAAACUAAAAGAAACGGGCCUGAAAGACAAAAAAUCUGCCGAAGAAGACGCGAACGACCGCAUUCGAGUCGUCAAGAACAAACACGAGGUGAACAGAGACAGCAUCUCCAACAAAAACGACUUAGAAACGAGAAGAAGAAAGCCCAAGAACGAAGGCGCCUCAGACCUCUUCCAGACGUUGUGGAAGACGCACGAAACCACACAUCACGUGGACGUCAAAAGAGCGUCGGCCGAACUCGAUCCAGUGUUAGAAUUACGUUUUCACCGAGACGUCGCGACAGCACUCGGCAGGUACAUUGCACAGCUGGAAAUGUGUGUUGACUUCAUCGUGUUGCUUGGGAACAUUGUCCAAGAGGAGGUCUGAGGAAGAGAAACACUUUGUUCUAUUUGUUCUCUAAAUAUUUCGAGGGAAUUCAUUCUUUUAUGAAUAACUGUAUCUAUAUUUCUAUAUUUUUCAUUCCUUUGCGCUAUAAAGGAAUUCAAAUCUACGAAAAAUGGCUUAAACAAUUAUUCGCUAAAUGAUAAUCUCAAUUAAUCAUGUAAAUGGUUUUGACAAAUGAGUAUUGUAAUCUUAUUAAUACUGCUAACAUGUCUUGUCGCUCAUUAUCACUAUUAUUUACACAUCCUGAAAUAAAUUCCUUUGCUAUUAAUUAAUGCUAAUCAAUUAAGAGCUUUGCCCGUGUUAUUAGGUGUCAUUAGUGGAAAUAAUUAAUUCAACUUUUUCCUCUUUCAUGCGACUCUAUAACCUUCUGACAUGCAAAACUCGCAUUUAACAGGAUCAUAGUGUAUAAUGAUACUGCACGAACGUUUUUUUUUUUUUUUUUUUUUUUUUUUGGAAAUAAAACGAAUGCACUUUCA